CUGACUACACUAUCAGUACAUGUAUGAAUAAGGGUAGGUUGCAUGCACAUAUGGAUCACAUUGUUCAUUUCGCGCGAGCACGCGCGUAUGCACGAACCGCGUAUGCACAGAUGGUGACAUGAGGCAAGACAUAACUCUGUGCCGCGACCUAUUAAUACAUGUAGUAAUAUUACUAAUCGUAUGGUGGAAGAAGGUGGAGGACCGAACAACUGAUGUGUAUGGGGCAGGCUAUGAAGAGUGGUCCGGCACAUACAGGCGUGUCAAAGAAGGCGGAUUAUUAUCUCCCUGGUAAUUUCCUGAGGCCUUCUGCUUGUGGUGGCAAGGGCAAUUUGGCGAGCUUGCCCUUGCACCCUCUCCAGCGCCUCCGUGUUGCAUGCUCUCAGGUUCACGACCGCCAGCUGCUGAGGAGCGUGGAGAAGAUCAUGGAGGCCAGCAGCCUCGUGCUCCUUCAGCAGCUUCUCUCGGAGAGCCAGCAAGGGCAAUUUGCGGCCUUUCACUGCAAGGUUUGGACGGGCACUUUUCUAUAGGCGCCACGGGUACUUUGCAAGGGGAAGCAGGCAUUCCACUCCUGCUUGGACCAGCACCCAUUGCAGUCCUCUACGCUGUGGCGGUCUUUUUCACCGGUCCGCAGCUUCCUCCAGCUCUCCAGUCGAAACAUGUUGAGGUACUCUGCUACGGACUUUGCACGCCAUCGACGCUGCAUCAGUGCAGCUAGCCGCUGGCUUGACCUGGCAAACUUUUCCUUGGACAUGUCACAGCCGAAGAACUGAGUGAACGCCCGGUGCCGCUCGUUCAGCGUCAGCUUCUUGUUCUUGUGCAGUUGGUACAUGUGCGCCCUGGCAUAGUGACAUCUUAUUGUUUCUGCCAUGGUGCUGCCUGCAGGUAACAACCCGUGCGUGUGCGCGCAUUCACAUAAAGGACUAUUUGUAUAGUUGUCCGACAAGUAUGCUAUCAAGCUGGUGUGUGUUGAUUAUGAUAUCGUUUGCCACAGCACCCCACAACUUGAGUUUCGCUGUAAAGAAUGCCUGCCCUGUACUGACGUUAUCAUUCUGUCUGCGCUUCUAAGUUCUACAUGUCAUUUGGGAGCAUUGCCUUAAAAUUCUGUACAAUGAUACAUUUAUUUUGGCUAUCCGAAGGCAUGCAGUAUGCAGGCUUACCUGCUGGCAAGAGCUGUCUGUUGCUGAGCUGGUAUCUGAAUGGCACAGGUCCUGAUACUACUUCGAAGUAUAACUGUCUUAUAAAAAGUAUUGUCGAAGUCCAGGCCUGUACACAAUAAACGUACAUGUGGUAUGUUGGCGUAUGGAAUUAUUAUUUCAAGAAGAGAUUUUACAACUGCUCCAACUAA